AGUGGUGGAGCUUGGCUUAAAGUUCAGGUGUUCCUGUACCCUGCCCGGCAGUAUCGCUAACCAGGGGAAUUUGAUUAGAUAGUUGAAGGCUGAUAUUACCUUUGCUCUCUCACCACAACUGAAAUCGUUCUUAGCUUUUAGGUGGACCCCACUGUCUACCUUGGUGAGGCGUUUUCAAGAGCAUAGAAUCAUCUUUUUCAUUAUCAAAAGAAGAUGCUGUUUAAUUUGAGGAUCCUGUUGAACAAUGCAGCUCUUAGAAAUGGUCACAGUUUCGUGGUUCGAAAUUUUCGAUGUGGACAACCACUACAAAAUAAAGUACAGCUGAAGGGUCGUGACCUCCUCACUCUAAAGAACUUUACAGAAGAAGAAAUUAAGUAUAUGUUAUGGCUAUCGGCAGAUCUAAAAUUUAGGAUAAAACAGAAAGGAGAGUAUUUGCCCUUAUUACAAGGGAAGUCCUUAGGCAUGAUUUUUGAAAAAAGAAGUACUCGAACAAGACUGUCCACAGAAACUGGCUUUGCACUUCUGGGAGGACACCCUUGUUUUCUUACCACACAAGAUAUUCAUUUGGGUGUGAAUGAAAGUCUCACGGACACAGCCCGUGUGUUGUCUAGCAUGACAGAUGCAGUGCUGGCUCGAGUGUACAAACAAUCAGAUCUAGAUACCCUGGCUAAAGAAGCAUCCAUCCCAAUCAUCAAUGGGCUGUCAGAUUUGUACCAUCCUAUCCAGAUCCUGGCUGAUUACCUCACGCUCCAGGAACACUAUGGCUCUCUGAAAGGCCUCACCCUCAGCUGGAUUGGGGAUGGGAACAACAUUCUGCAUUCCAUCAUGAUGAGUGCUGCAAAAUUUGGGAUGCACCUUCAGGCGGCUACUCCAAAGGGUUAUGAGCCAGAUCCCAGUGUGACCAAGUUGGCAGAGCAAUAUGCCAAGGAGAACGGCACCAAGCUGUCGCUGACGAAUGAUCCACUGGAAGCGGCUCGUGGAGGCAAUGUAUUAAUUACAGACACGUGGAUAAGCAUGGGACAAGAAGAGGAGAAGAAAAAGCGGCUCCAGGCUUUCCAAGGUUACCAGGUUACAAUGAAGACUGCUAAAGUUGCUGCCUCUGACUGGACAUUUUUACACUGCUUGCCCAGAAAGCCAGAAGAAGUGGAUGAUGAAGUGUUUUAUUCUCCACGAUCACUAGUAUUCCCAGAGGCUGAAAACAGGAAGUGGACAAUCAUGGCUGUCAUGGUGUCCCUGCUGACAGAUUAUUCACCUCAGCUUCAGAAACCAAAGUUUUGAUGCAGUGAUGUUUGUCAAGAGAGAAACAAUGUUCUUCAGUAACUGAAUGAGUCAAUUUAUGGAGGAAGAAGAGAAUCUAAGAAACAAAUCCUGAUACACAGUAUAGGUGAAUGAAAUGAUAUUGCUUUGCCAUUGUGGAACCUUCCUGAAGGCCUUAAUUGAAGUGCAGAUGUACUACGAUACAUGGCUUGACUUGGUUUAAGCUCUCUAAUGCACAAUUUCUGAGUUACAUUUGGGUAUCAUAUUAAUCAUCAUAUACAUUUGUUGCAACUAAACAUAAAAUACUGUGUUCAUAA